AUGGUGGGCCACCUGAGCGAAGGGGCCAUUGCGGCCAUCAUGCAGCAGGGAGAUACAUCUAUAAAACCCAUCCUCCAAGUCAUUAACAUCCGUCCCAUUACUACAGGGAAUAGUCCACCCCGUUAUCGACUGCUUAUGAGUGAUGGACUGAAUACUCUAUCUUCUUUCAUGUUGGCAACACAGCUGAAUCCUCUUGUGGAGGAGGAGCGAUUAUCCAGCAACUGUAUUUGCCAAAUUAACCGAUUUAUUGUGAACACGCUGAAAGAUGGAAGGAGAGUGGUUAUUUUGAUGGAGUUAGAAGUUUUGAAAUCAGCUGAAGCAGUUGGAUCAAAGAUUGGCAAUCCAAUGCCUUAUAAUGAAGGACACGGACAGCAGCCAGCAGUUCCUCCUCCUGUCUCAGCAGCCAGUCCACCAACCAGCAGGCCCCAGCAACAGAAUGGGAGCCCAGGAGUGGCUUCCACUGUAUCUAAGGCUUUUGGUGCCUCAAAGACAUUUGGAAAAGUUGGCAGUACCAGCCAAAUGAACAGCUCUGGGGGAACACAGGCCAAAGUGGUACCCAUCGCCAGCCUCACCCCGUACCAGUCCAAGUGGACUAUUUGUGCUCGUGUCACCAACAAAAGUCAGAUCCGUACCUGGAGCAACUCCCGAGGGGAAGGGAAGCUUUUCUCCAUAGAACUGGUUGAUGAGAGUGGUGAAAUCAGAGCAACUGCUUUCAAUGAGCAAGCGGACAAGUUUUUCCCCCUUAUUGACGUGAACAAGGUCUAUUACUUCUCUAAAGGCACCCUGAAGAUCGCCAACAAACAAUUCACAGCCGUCAAAAACGACUACGAGAUGACCUUCAACAAUGAAACUUCUGUCAUGCCCUGUGAAGACGGUCAUCACUUACCGACAGUUCAGUUUGAUUUCACGGGGAUUGGCGACCUGGAGAGCAAAUCUAAAGACUCGCUUGUAGACAUAAUCGGGAUCUGCAAGAACUACGAAGAUGUCACAAAAAUCAUAGUGAAGUCUAACAACAGAGAAGUCUCGAAGAGAAAUAUCUAUCUGAUGGAUAUGUCAGGGAAAGUGGUGAACGCUACCCUAUGGGGAGAUGAUGCUGAUAAAUUUGAUGGUUCUAGACAACCCGUGAUGGCCAUCAAAGGAGCCAGAGUUUCUGAUUUUGGUGGACGGAGCCUCUCUGUACUGUCUUCAAGCACCAUCAUUGUGAACCCUGACAUCCCAGAGGCCUAUAAGCUUCGUGGAUGGUUUGACUCAGAAGGACAAGCCUUAGAUGGCAUUUCCAUCUCUGAUCUAAAGAGUGGAGGAGCAGGUGGGAGCAACACCAACUGGAAAACUUUAUAUGAGGUCAAGUCGGAGAACCUGGGCCAAGGCGACAAGCCUGACUAUUUUAGCUCUGUGGCAACCGUGGUGUAUCUUCGCAAAGAAAACUGUAUGUACCAGGCCUGCCCAACUCAGGAUUGCAACAAGAAAGUGAUUGACCAGCAGAACGGAUUGUACCGCUGCGAGAAGUGUGACAGUGAAUUCCCCAAUUUCAAGUACCGCAUGAUUCUGGCAGUCAAUAUUGCAGAUUUUCAGGAGAAUCAGUGGGUCACGUGUUUCCAGGAGUCUGCAGAGGCCAUCCUUGGACAAAGCACUGCUUAUCUCGGGGAAUUAAAAGAGAAGAACGAGCAAGCAUUUGAGGAAGUUUUCCAGAAUGCCAACUUUCGAUCUUUUACGUUCAGGAUCAGGGUCAAACUGGAGACCUACAAUGAUGAGUCUCGAAUUAAGGCCACGGUGGUGGACGUGAAGCCUGUGGACUACAGAGAAUACGGCAGAAGGCUGAUCAUGAACAUCAGGAGGAAUGCGGCGAUGUGA